AUGGACAAAAGAGAUUCUAAUAGACCUUCUAAGGACAAUGCUAUCCGUAAUCCUUUUGUUCUGUUUGAGACUCCUAGGUCGCCAUCACGAUCAACCAGAAGUCUAAAUCCUCCCAAGUUGAACGAAAUGGGUGCUAUACAAUCGUCACCACCACGAAGGAGAAAUAAUAACACGAUUUUCAGUGAUCGAUAUAUACCCAAUAGAACAGGAGUUGAUCUACAGGCUGCCUUUAGUUUGACUAAUGAGGAAAUACUACCGGAUUUGAGAAACACUAGAAACGCUGAUAAUGAAAUAGAAAUUAGAAGAGAAGAGGAAGCAAAUCGAACAUUCUCAACAGUUCUUAAAGCAGAAUUAUUUGGUGAUAAUGUGCCGAUGGCAACAGCAAACUUGUCUAGUGCCACUGCCAAUUCUAAUCUUGCAAACAAUCGAUCGAAAACAGGGAGAACAAAUACUGGUAUUGUUAACGGUGCAUCUGUUUCUGGGGCUGCUACAUCUACAUCAAGUCUCUCCACAACCCCGCCAAGAUCAUCUAAUUCUGGUCAGAAUUUCCCUGGAUCUACUGGCUCAUCCUUGCCUGGUAACAAUAAUGCAAUUGGUAAUAAUGAUAGCCAUAACAUCAUAUCAGCAAAUGCUAAUAAUAAUAUUUCUAGUGAUAUUGAUGAUAUUACUAGCACUCCACGUCGGAAAACUAACUUAUUCACUUACCAGUCCCCUCAAAAAUCAAAACCAAUAUCAAGAGACUUGCAACAAGAAUUGUACUCAUUGUCACCCGUGCGGCAGGAUUCACAGAAACUAUUGUUGUCGCCGCAGAAGAAGCCUCGAACAAUAUCAAAGGUUCCAUAUAGAGUAUUGGAUGCACCAGAACUAUCUGAUGAUUUUUAUUUGAAUUUAGUUGAUUGGGGUCAACAGGAUGUACUAGCCGUAGGAUUGGGCGACAGUGUGUAUUUAUGGGAUGGCGCCACACAAUCAGUGGACAGAUUGUGUAAUUUAACAAACAAGGACAAAGUCACAAGUUUGAAUUGGAUAGGUACUGGUACCCAUUUGGCAAUAGGAACAUCCAAGGGUUUGGUGGAGAUAUGGGAUGCAACUCGAAUCAAGUGCAUCAGGACAAUGACAGGACACUCUCUACGGGUUAGUUCAUUAGCGUGGAAUGAACACAUAUUAAGCAGUGGGAGUCGCGAUCGAACCAUUUUAAAUCGCGAUGUGAGAAUUGAAGAUCACUUUGUUAAUAAAUUUGAUAAUCAUAAGCAAGAAGUGUGUGGACUCAAGUGGAAUGUGGAAGAAAACAAACUAGCUAGUGGUGGCAACGAUAAUAAUUUGUUUGUAUGGGAUGGGCUCAAUCCUAAACCGUUGCAUCAAUUUACAGACCACACUGCUGCCGUUAAAGCUAUUGCUUGGUCGCCGCAUCAACGGGGGAUUUUGGCAUCGGGUGGCGGAACAGCCGAUAAGACUAUAAAGACAUGGAAUACGUUGACUGGGAAUUUAGUACAUGAUGUCAAUACUGGCUCACAAGUGUGUAAUUUAAUCUGGUCAAAAAAUUCCAACGAAUUGGUUUCAACCCAUGGUUAUUCAAGAAAUCAAAUUAUAGUGUGGAAGUAUCCAUCAAUGCAACAAAUUGCACAAUUGACAGGUCAUACAUAUAGAGUUUUAUAUUUGUCGUUGUCUCCUGAUGGUGAAACAAUCGUUACUGGUGCUGGUGAUGAGACCUUACGAUUUUGGAAUGUAUUUGAAAAAAAUAGGCAUAACGAAUCACCUGCUUCGGUUUUGUUAGGAGCAUUUCUGCAGUUGCGCUAA